UGUUGUAGUGCAGACCGCGUCCACCGCCCCACUGUGAGCUCCCACGUGCUCCCACAACCUUACUGUGCCACAAACACACAAGGGAGCGCCACCCCUUAAGUUACCGAUACCGACCUCGCUGCUCUUGUUACAAGAACUGACAAUAAUAAACUUGAUAUUUCACGCGAUGAAUUGACAAAAUCUUUACUAUGUUGAUUGGAAUUACUUAAGUGGUUAACGGCGUGCGUACACAGACGCCCACACGUGAGUGAAGGCAACACUGUAGAGUAAAACAAUACAUUGGUGUUGUUUGUGAAGUGACAGGUGUUGGUAUAUUUAGUGAGUGAACCUGUACCAGAGUACAUGUCCUCGAGAGUUGUACUGGUGUAUGUAAUGAGUGAUGUUAUAUAAUACAAGUGCACCAACGUCUCUCUGUAUAUAGUGAAGUUAUUUUGUGUGUAUACCAUUAAUGAAACAGGAUAUUAGUGUUGUGUUAAGAGGGGUAGUGGUGUUUAGUGAAGUCUGGAGUGUGUGUACAGACUAUGCAGUGGUUGGCCCACUGGCGGCCAGGAACCCGGGAGAGCUGCUGCUGCUGCAGGUGAUGACGAACACCGUGUAGUGUGAAGGUGGCACCACCGCCAUGUACACCUACGCUGGAACCUACCCUGGGGCCUACAUGGGCGUGGGAUCAGGGGUGGGUAGCCUGUCAGGCGGGAGCAUGACGGCGCCCUCUGCUCACCACCACCAGGUGCUGGCCACGCCCACGCCUAUACCUGCAGCAGCAGCCGCCGCCGCCCACUCCAUGACCACCUCCCUCCCGCCCACCACCGUCAAGAGAAGGUCAGAUGAGGAGGAGAGCUCAGGGUCCAAGUAUGGCCGAAUGGAGUCGGCUGAUGACAACAUGCAGGACAAGGAGCGAUUUGCCAGGGAGAACCACUGCGAGAUCGAGCGCAGGGAGAACCACUGUGAAAUCGAACGUCGGCGUCGGAACAAGAUGACGGCUUACAUCGCGGAGCUGAGUGACAUGGUCCCCACCUGCUCCGCCCUCGCCCGCAAGCCUGACAAACUCACCAUCCUCCGCAUGGCCGUCGCCCACAUGAAGGCUUUGAGGGGUAUGGAGAUUGCCAACGGGAGUGGAAUGGGUACAGGCAAUACCAACACAGAUGGAACCUACAAGCCAUCAUUCCUCACUGACCAGGAGCUGAAACACUUAAUACUGGAAGCUGCUGAUGGGUUCCUCUUCGUAGUGGCGUGUGACAAUGGGAGAAUUAUUUAUGCAUCAGACUCUGUCACUCCCGUUCUCAAUCAGCCUCAGAGUGACUGGUUUGGUUCAAGUGUAUAUGAACAUGUACAUCCAGAAGAUGUAGAGAAAGUCCGAGAACAGCUGAGCACACAGGAACCUGCAAAUCAAGGACGCAUAUUGGAUCUCAAAACUGGCACUGUCAAGAAAGAGGGUCAUCAGUCAUCAAUGAGAUUGUGCAUGGGCUCCAGAAGAGGGUUUAUUUGUCGGAUGAAGGUAGGCACAGUUACUCCAGAGAAUAUGAAUUCUGGUCAUUUGAACAGACUACGACAAAGAAAUUCCUUAGGUCCUGCCACUGAUGGCCACAAUUAUGCUGUUGUCCAUUGUACAGGGUAUAUCAAGAAUUGGCCCCCAACUGGAGUUCAAAUGGAGCGUGGUGAAGAAGAAGCACAUGGUUCAACACAUUGCUGUUUAGUGGCAAUUGGUCGUCUUCAGGUUACCUCAACACCUAAUACAUCAGACCUCAUGGGAUCAAACUCACAAAAUGAAUUCAUAUCCCGCCACGCAAUGGAUGGAAAGUUCACCUUUGUUGACCAACGUGUGAUGACAGUGUUGGGGUAUUCCCCUCAGGAACUACUAGCUAAGCCUUGCUUUGAGUUUUUCCAUCCUGAAGACCAGACACAUAUGAAAGAAAGUUUUGACCAAGUGUUAAAGCUGAAAGGACAGGUGAUGUCUGUCAUGUACCGUUUCCGAGGAAAGAACCGUGAAUGGGUGUGGCUGCGAACGUCUGCAUUCGCCUUCCUCAACCCGUACACAGACGACAUUGAGUACAUUGUUUGUACAAAUACUGCUGCCAAGACUGUACAAGGUGGAAGUGAAAUGAGUGGUAAUGCCUCUGAACAACAGGAAGUUAGUUCUUUAAGCAAUCAGUACGCGACACACCAGCCCGGUCUAGAGUAUUCUUUGCAACGACAACGUGACCUGUACCCACACAUGAUCCAGUCACACAUCCACAAUUCUGGGCGACCAAGUAGUACCCAAGGGGUGUACAGCAGCUAUGAAGCAGGUGCCUCACCCCUAGGCAGUUAUUCUCCCAGCACUCCACAGGCCACACCCCUUACAACACAAGCAUCAUCCAGUAUCUCACGGAUCACCAAGUCCUCUUCCCCACCAACCACUGCACAUCCCACAACGUGGUCUAAUCCACAUAUCAGACAGGCUGAAGGAUACAGCUAUCCAAGUAGCAUGAGUCCAUCACGAUCUCCGUCUACCCCUUCCUAUACAUCACUAAGCUCUUCGAGUCGUUCCCUGCCUUCAUAUACCUCGGCUGCUGCAUCAGGUAUGUGGCAGUAUGGCAGCCUAGGUGCAGAAGGAGCAAGUGUAGGCCCAUCCACCAGCUCAGUUCACCCAGGUUCUGGCGCAAGUCACCAAGGUGGAGGUGCACCAGGAGCGCAGCCAGAACUCACUGAUAUGUUGCAAAUCCUUGAUCAAUCUGGCACUGCUAACUUUGAUGACCUCAACAUGUUCAAUACAAACUUUGAAUGAAAGGAAUUGCUAUUUGUGUUGAAUCCUAGGAUGAAUCCUAGAAUGGCUUGUAAUCAUUGAAGAACUUGGGUAGUACUGAAGUGUAUAGGGCAAGUGUUGGUAUCCACCAUCUCAAAGUUUUUAGUUAUAUCUCAGCAAGUGCCUCUAUGACAGUUUUAUGAGAUUUACUGAUUAUCAGUUAUUGAUUUUAUAUGUAGUAACCUUCUUGUUGAGGGUAUAAUGAUAAAUUGUUUGUAAUCAGUAAAAAAGUUCAAAUAAUGUUGGAUACUGAAGCUUGCCUGUCCGAGUUGCUUUUUGAGAAGCCGUUGUGAGCGGUAUGAUAUCCAAUUUAUCAGGAAAAUUGGUUGUCCGAGUUGGAAACUUAGGUGCUGGAUAAUGGAAAUGUAUACUGACAGGUCAUAACCCUCACAUACUGUAUAACGGAUGCAUCAUGUUCAGUACAUUGUAUCAUAUUAUUAGGACAUUAAACUUCUUUCUUUUUUGUAUUAAUUUCCAAAAAAGUUUCCUUUAUAUGUGGUAUUUUUUAAAGCAGUAUAUCAAUUAAAAAUCCAGCAUUUAUUGCAUAUACAGUAUUACCAUAUAUAGUGCAACAUUUGGGAUAUAUUUGUUGUAAAAUAAUGUUUCAAUUGUUGUGCUGAUGAUCAAAUUGCAGUCUGCAAUUAGAAUUUUUGUUUGCUGGUAAUCAAAGUGUUUCGUCCUUUAUAGUUAUUACUCUUACAUGAUCCCUCAAAGGGAACUGAUGAUUGAAUUAUUUUUUCAUGCUAUACUUUUAUCCUAAGAAUUUUUACCACACUGUAUAUUUAUGCACAUUUAGAAAGCUAGAGCUCAGGCACAUGUCCAGGAAUGUUAAGCAUUUAAUGAAGAAAAUGUAAGUGUCUCAAUUUUUACAUGAGCUAAUGCAAGUUUUGUGGAGAAGUUAGCAGUAUGAUGUGAGUGCUCAUUGAAAUUUUUCUUCUAUUGAAAUGGGGUCUUCUGAAUCAUUAAGUAAUACAUUUCAUUCAUCAGUCCUCCUCAGGCACCAGGCAGGUCAUUCAUGUUAUUGUAAAAAUUAGUCACUGUUGAAUUAAACGUUAUUUAGUUGAAGAUGAAUUUGUUGAUGAAGUUAACCUGCCUAUGUGUGUCAGGUCAUGAGGAAGACAUUAGGGUGGUUAGGGACUUACUAAUUGUUAUUUUGUAUACUUUUACAUAACUGAACCUGGGUUUUGGGCGCUAACAUGUCUUCAUUAUGAGAUGGUAAACUGGAAUAUAAAUGAUCUUUUCAUAAUUGUAGUUCAGGUGUCUAAUAAUACACUAUGUUAGGUAGAUUUUGUGACUGUAAAUUUGUGUUUCUCAGUACUUUGAAGGUUGAAUAACCAUUAUCAAGUUAUUCUCUUCUUUUCACGGUUUUCCAAGCUUUUAUGUUGUUGAUUGCUUGGUUUGUACAAUGACUGUGUAAUAUAUAUAUAUUUUGUCCUCUUAUGAUGUCAGUACAAGGUAUCUCAGUGCUCUGAGAAAAAGUUUUGCACGGCUGGUGCCCUCACACCACUAUUUAAUUUUUGGACAUAUCAUUCAUAGUUAGAGGGAAAAACUUGGCUUUUGGCCCAGUUCACCACUGCCCAGAGACACACAGAAAAAACAACUUUGAAAGUUUCCAUUCUAAAAUUAUUGUGCAUUUGGUAGAUACGUUCUGUAUUUACAUACAUUGCUCAUUUGUAUUGGUAAGAACAUUCAUUACAGUGUUAAACCUGUCUCUGUGGGUCUAUUUUUGUGUACAGUCAGCAACAGGUGUUGUAGUUCAUGAUCAAACUCGGCUCAUUGUGAAGGCUAGUCUUAACUUUGGUUAAUAUUUGGAACGGCUUAUUGAAUUCUGCUGAAAUGCAUUAGUGACAUCAGUUGACUAUUACCUUUGAUACAUUUUGAACGAUAAUCUUACUGUUCUAAUUUAUUAUUUAAUUUAAAUAGUAGUACACACACACACUGAAAUUUUUUCCUUUUAUCAGUUGUCGUUCAUACACAUAUUCUAAUUGCUGUACAAGAAGUAUUCUGUUGUGGAACUCUUCACAACAAGGCCCCAAAUCUGAUCACACAAUGAUUUACCUAAGUUGGCAGCAUGUCCUUCACCAAGAAUUAGUUCUCUCUCACUUCAAGUGCCUCCAGCACCCCAUCCUUCCAUAUCUUUCUUGAUCUUUCCCCUCUCUCCCCUGCCAUCCACCUUUGAAUUAUAAGCCUUUUUUUUUAUUAGUCUUACAAUUUCAGGCUUCUCAUUAUGUCCACACUACCCAUGCUACCUGAGAUCUACUCUGUCCAGUAUUAUUUUUACUUGCACGCAUCUUUAUAUCUGUAUUUCUUAUUUUUUUAAUGUUAAUAACUUCAUAUAUUAUUCUCAAGCACAUCACUUGUCACUUCAAAUAUGUUUCUUCUUUUAUUCACAGUCCAUGCUCCCCACCUAUAUAUUAAUAAUGACCAGGGAACCAAUAACAUACUGAAACACCCUUCUCUAAUUAUGCCUACACUCCAAAUCAGACCCAACACAGUACAUAACAAUUAAUGAUAUUGGUAUUAAUUUGACAUUGUAUGACAUGCCUCUCUUCAUGAACAGUUCAGUAAGUUUUACUUGUUUUUAAUCCAGAACACUUCAUUAAGCCAUAAACUUUGAGAUGGAGAAGCAUAUGUAAAUUUCCUUGUUUCUGUUUAUAAAUUGCAGUUAUACUGUAGUGUGUGGUCAAAGUUAACUUGUGCUGCAGUCUUGACAUGCUAAUGUGAAAAACAGAUUAUUAAGUUACUAUUGGUGAUGUUUUGGAGUUAAGAUAAGGGUUUACUUGAUAGCAAGAUACUGUGAGGAAAGGAUUAAAAAAGGCUAUUAAAUGGAAGUAAGAUUUUAAUACGUUUUAUGGUUUCAUUGUCAAACUGAAUUUAUUGUGCUGUAAUUGAAGUUGUCCUCACCUUAGAGUUGGUCUGUCCUUCAACAUCUGUUGCAAAUUUAUAUGGGCUACAAGUCAAGAAAGUAUAACCUUGUUAUUUGACAUGUAUAGAUGACAUUAAACACUAAGAUUAUUUUUUUAAAGAUCAGAAAAUAAAUUGGCUUCAAACUCAUGUCCAGAUAAACAAGGUUUAACUGAUGACCCUUUAGCAUGUAGUUAUAGGUGAAUAAGACUGAUUUGCUGGAUGAUGCAAAUUUAGGUCUUUGAUGUGUGUAUGCAAAGGCAGGCAUGACUAUGUAUGCUUUAGAAGAAUAACUUGUGUACAAUUGAAGGUUUAUAUAUAUAUGGAACUCAUACCUGUAAAUACAAACCAUGUCUGUAUGCAAGUGUGAAUAUCAUUCAUUUUAUUUGUAUUUUUAAUGAAAACUAACCAAAUUUUUAGCAUUGUGCUGGUAUAAAUGUACAUUGAUGUUCACCGAGUGAUAUGAAAUAAGGAAAAUCCUGGAAGAAAGUGUGAGGAAACAGAAAAAAAACUGUAGUAAAAGUGUGAUGCUGUUUGUUUGAGCCAAACUUGAAAGUUAAUUAUGUAUGUAUUAAUCAAGGUAUUUAAAUAUUUUGUUAAGCCAUUAUUUGUGCAUCAGUAAAUAUGAGGCACAAGUUUGAAUAGCUUUUUCAGUGGCCAUAUUAAUAUAAGGGAAGACUUGUGUUGUGGAUUCCUUGAUCAGGCCUAGAGCGAGCCAGGGACCACACUCUCCAGGACGCUUCACCAGUGCAAUAUUUGCUGCAGCAGCCAUGCCAGGCUAGUGGGUUGCGGCCAACUCAAGAUUUUUUUUUUUUUAUAAUUGCAUUUGAAUUAGUAAAUUUUUGUACAAUUAUAAUCCAAUUGAAAUACACUUUAGUGUUACAUCCACAGUCCAACCAGUGCACAGUUUGUAAUCUUAAGGAAAUUAACAAAACAUGCAACCUAUUUAUUGUUCAGCACUUUUCUUAUGCCCUUCUGUAAGUUGAUGCCAUUCAACACAACAGGAAAUAUGUGUGGGGUUUUCCCACAGUAAGGAGCCUCAAGUUAUCAGUGAAACUUGAUAAAAGUGUCAAAAUUAAAUUCAUAUCUACCAUUGAAUAACCAUCUUAAGAUGCUCGUUUAUAUAAUAUAAGAAUGCUUAUGGCAUAUUUUUUAAAGAUGAUGUAGCAUUUUAUAUUUUAUAAACCAAGUGCCUUAGGCUGGUAAGCCACAAUGACUUGGUAUUUGUGAAAGAUUACAGUAGAGCUCACAUUUCAGUUGGAAUUGUCAAUUUUUAUGUUCAGUAUACUGUAUGCAUAAAAAAAAUGAAUUAAUCACUUAAUUAUACUUCAAAUUAUUUUUUAACAUUUUUAUUUUCAGUAGAUGAACCUUAACUAUGUUGGCAGGACCACAUGGGAUGCUCAAUUACAGCUGGCUGUCUGUCAAGCUCUCCCCCCUGGUAACUUCAUGGAUGUCCAGAAGAUUUUGAUCAGAUCCCUUGUGUCUUGUGGCAGCAUUGCCUUUACUCCCUAAUUUCAAGCUUCCCCAGUCAGAGCUUUGUUAUUUAAAGCUCAACAUCAAACUAUCAUCACUGCUUGUGAAGAUGUGUUAUACUUUGACACUAGAUAUUAGAUACUUGAACAGUACAUAGUUAUGACCAUAUAAAAGUACAAGGAAUUGGAAGUGAUUUAUCACUUCAGAUGUAUUUUAUAAAUUAUUUUUAUCAUUUUUUGUCUAAAACUUCCUAUUGACCUCAAUAUUUACAAACAAUAUUUAUUUCAAAGUGAUGUUACAAUUGGUGGUAUGCUGUAGUUAAUAAAUCAUAAAAGAAGGGAUGGUGCAUCACAGUCUCUUGAGUUCAUGAAGACUCCAGUGAUGGGCUAACAUGGUUGCAGGUUAGGUUCACCUGUUCUUGGUGUGUAAAUAUUGAUUUUCAGUGAUGUUUUGAUAUACAAGUGCAAUGUCAUAUAGAACAAUUAUUUAAGUACAUAGAUUUAGCAGUAUUAGUGUAUGCUACCAUACUUUGAUAAGCUUAUGUAAAUUUAAUGCAUUUGCAACCGGAGGACAGGUGAACUCGCUGAAAUAUUUGUCCUGUGUGUUGACUCAUUACCUAGUACUACUUCUAAUAACUUACACUUAUCUGACCUAAGUAUGUAAAUCUACUGACAUAUAAAUAAAAUUAUGUCUACA